AUGAGAAAUAAGAGAAGCCCUUCUGACCUAACCUUCUCUGCUUCCUCUCUCGAUCGACGCUCUCCUCCGGUCACUUCCAAAGUAUAUCAGAAGUUGUGGGAAGGAGGAAAUCUCACCUCGUCGCCGUCGCGAAGAGUUGUGAGUGAGAGCGAGAUCGAGACUAACACCGAUAAUGAGAGCGAGAGUGAAACUGAGAAUGAGGAGUGCAAGUGCCGUGGGAGUGAGAUUGGUAUCAGAGCGGGUCCGGCCAUCAUCGUCGCCGCCGCCGACCACCGUCCGCCGCCUCCGGCCACCGCUCGCCGCCUCCGACCACUGUCUGCCGCACUCCGGUCGCCGAAAUCUCGCCGGAUUUUUUUUUUGGGGGUCAAAAUGGCUACUUCUUGUCCUGUUUUUUCAUUUUCUGGAACCCCAACCAUUGCAACUGCCAAGCUCAACUGGAAAAAUUAUUUGUCGUGGUCUGCUUCAGUUGAGUUGUGGUUUCUUGGUCAAGGGUACGACCACCUAGAGAAAAACAUCAAUGUUGUUCCAAACGACAAGAAACUUGAAUGGGAGAAGGUAGAUUACCAACUAUGUGCUGUUCUGUGGCAAUCGGUCGAGUCAGAUGUUUUGGAAAUUCUCAGAUCUUUUAAAACAUGUCAUCUUUUUUGGAAGAAGACCCAAGAGAUCUUCGCCAACGAUAUUCAAAGCCUAUUUGAUGCGAUUGUGAAAGUUACAGCUCUCAAGCAAUCUAACCAUGACAUGAUUGCACAUAUGGGUAAAGCUUGGGCAGCAGUAGAAGAACUGAGAAGGUUUCUUGUGGCUGAUUCAUUGGAAGAGGUGAAUAGGAAAAAUGUUCAUGAGGCACUUAGUCAUCCUGGAUGGCGACAGGCUAUGAUUGAUGAAAUGCAGGCCCUUGAAAAUAAUGGUACUUGGGAACUUGUUUCUCUUCCACCUGGCAAGAAGACUGUGGGUUGUAGAUGGGUCUAUUCAGGAGAUGGUGUUGUGAUCUUUCAGAGGAAGUACGCCCUUAACAUUUUGGAGGAAACAAGCAUGCAGAAUUGUAGACCUGUUGAUAGCCCUAUGGAUCCAAAUCUGAAGCUCUUGGCAGAUCAGAGUGAAAUGUGUCCUGAUCCCGAGAGAUAUAUAAGACUUGUGGGAAAACUCAUUUAUCUCACCAUUACAAGACCUGAUAUUUCCUUUGCUGUUGGAGUGGUGAGCCAAUUUAUGCAAAAUCCUCGUGUUGAUCAUUGGAAUGCUGUUAUGCGUAUUCUUAGAUACAUUAAGAGAGCUUUAGGACAAGGAUUACUUUAUGAAGACAAAGGUAAUACACAAGUAUCUGGGUAUUGUGAUGCAGAUUGGGCUGGUUGUCCUAUGGAUAGGAGAUCCACAUCCGGAUAUUGUGUUUCCAUUGGAGGGAAUGCUAUCUCUUGGAAGAGCAAGAAGCACACUGUUGUUGCCCGGUCCAGUGCAGAGGCUGAAUAUAGAUCUAUGGCCAUGGCUACAUGUGAACUUAUGUGGAUCAAACAACUACUUCAAGAAUUGAGAUUCUGUGAAGUUGGCCAGAUGAAGUUAUAUUGUGAUAACCAAGCCCCUCUCCAUAUUGCUUCAAAUCCAGUCUUUCAUGAGAGAACCAAACACAUAGAAAUUGACUGUCAUUUCAUUCGGGAGAAGCUAUUGUUCAAAGAAAUUAUCACUGAGUUCAUUAGCUCUAAUGAUCAGCUAGCAGAUAUUUUGACUAAGUCAUUGUGA